AUGAUCAUCAGUGCAAAAAUAUUAGGUUUAUGUGUCUCCUAUAGAUGUGAUGAAAACCGUAAUUAURUAUUUGACAAAUUCAAAAGCGCCGGUGGUUUUGACGCUUUUGAUGACAUUAAUAUAUUUCGAGAAAACUAUAAGAAGUCGAUAUUGAAAAGUCUCGAUGAAUUGCCUGACGAUAUAAAAGUAUAUUUGAUAGGAAAGGCAGACAAAUCAAACAAACAGCAGUGGAUCUCCAAAUUGGUUUCACAAUAUCUUGAAUUUAUGACAACCGGAAAUCGGGUUAACUUUGAGACAACUGAUACUGAAAGAAGAGUUCAUUUGGUUAAUCUGGUUAUCGGAGAGUUAUUGACCAGAAAUGGCACUUAUAUGAGCCAAAUAUGUAACGGAUUGUGGCUUAUAUUGGAAGAGAGCAGUUGGGAAACACCGGGUCAUAUGAACAUACAGAAAGCCGGUCCCGGCCUUCCAGAUCCUGAAGAAAAUAUAAUAGAUUUAAGAGUGGGUGAAAUGGCGGCCACGGUAUCGAUAAUUAAAUUAUUGUUAAGAGAGUCGUUAGAAAAAGUCAAUAAAAUGUUUAUCAAACGUAUUGAUUAUGAACUAAAUCGUCGCAUAACUUAUCCAUAUCUUCAUAACGACGAGUUCUUUUGGAUGGGAUUUAAAGGACAGAGAGUUAAUAAUCAUAAUUCAUGGGAUAAUUCAAACAUUUUGAAAACAGCUCUGUUAGGUAUUGACGAUCAAAAGUCUCGCAAUCAGAUUGUCAAUAGAAGUAUAGCCAGUAUUGAUAUAUUUAUUAAUCAAUAUCCCAAUGAUGGCGGUUGUGAUGAAGGGCCGACCUAUUGGGGUUGGGCUGCGGGAAGACUUAUUGAUUACUUAGAGUUAUUAACUACUGUAUCCAAUGGAAAGAUUAAUUGGAAAAACAAUCAAUUGAUUCAAUCGAUGGGUUCUUUUAUAUUUAAAGUACAUAUUUCUGAAGACAAGUACAUCAACUUUGCCGACGCGCACGCAAUACUCACUCCCGAGGCUUCAGCUGUCUUUAAAUACGGAAAACUUUUUAACGACACCGUUAUGAAAGAGUUCUCGUCAUAUGUGGCCAAACAAGACAAUUACAAAUCUAUUAAUAUUGUGUCUGACUUUUUAGGCAGUCUAUCGGUUUUUAUAUCAACUUUGUUAACAUAUUCGGAGAUCAAGACAAUCAAACCAAGUUCUCCAUUUCCAUGUGAUGUUCAUUUUAAAGAUCUUCAAGUGUUUGCCAGUCGUACCAAAACUGGUACGAGUGAUGGCCUGUUUCUUGCGGGAAAAGCCGGUACUAAUCAUGAGAGUCAUAAUCACAAUGAUAUCGGAAAUUUCAUCAUAUAUUUCAAUGGAAAGCCUUUUAUUAUUGAUGUUGGAGUCGGUGUUUAUACAAAUGAGACAUUUGCUAAGGAUAGGUACAAAAUAUGGUUAAUGCAAAGUCAAUGGCACAACUGUCCCACCAUUAAUGGUGUUUUACAAAAGGAUGGAACCAAAUACGUUGCAUCAAAUGUCAGCUAUUCAGCCACUGAUGAUAUAAUUAAAUUUAGUGCUGACAUUGCAGGUGCUUAUCCUACUGAAGCUUACGUCAAAACAUAUGUGAGAAGUAUUGAAUUUAACAGAAAAAUAAAUAAGAUUAUUAUAAAAGAUGAAUACGAACUAAAAAAAUGGAUAAAACCAUUGAUUUUACAUUUUAUAAGUCAUCCAAAACCUAAACAGAUUGAAUCUAUAUUGAAGUUUACCGGUAAAGACACUGACAGUCUUUUUAUGACAUUUGACACCAAUUUAUUUAGUGUUGCAUUUGAUCAUAAAGUGAUCGACAAAGAGGACACACUUUUGAGGGAUGUUUGGGGAGAUUCUGUUAAUAGACACAUUGACUAA